AUGUCUGGCGCCAACAACAGAUUAGCCGUCUUCCCAACGCGAAUGACCUUGAGUGUCAUGAAGCAAAAGCUGAAGGGAGCUCAGACAGGACACAGCUUACUGAAGCGCAAGAGCGAAGCCUUGACGAAGCGCUUCCGAGACAUCGUUAAAAAGAUUGACGAUGCCAAGCGUUUGAUGGGCAAAGUCAUGCAGGUAGCGUCGUUCUCUUUGGCCGAAGUCACGUAUAUCACCGGAGACAUUGGUUAUCAAGUUCAGGAGAGUGUCAAGAAUGCACAGUUCCGCGUUCGUGCAAAGCAGGAGAACGUUUCUGGUGUCAUGCUCCCUGUCUUUGAAAGUUACCAGGAAGGAACAAACGCCAACGAGCUCACGGGUCUCGGCCGAGGCGGGCAACAGGUCCAGAAAUGCAAGGACACAUACAUCAAAGCUGUCGAGACGUUGGUCGAGCUCGCAUCUCUGCAGACAGCGUUCGUGAUCCUGGAUGAGGUGAUUAAGCUGACCAACCGUCGUGUGAACGCUAUUGAGCACAUUAUCAUCCCUCGUUACGAGAACACAAUCAAGCACAUUAUUUCAGAGCUGGACGAACAGGAUCGUGAAGAGUUCUUCAGGCUGAAGAAGGUCCAGGGCAAGAAGAAGGAGGCAGCAGCUCGUGAUACCCUGGAGAGAGAAUCUCGGCAGGCUGCAGAAGGCAAGAGCGUCGAAGAGACUGGCAAAGCCGUUGGUGGUAUUGCUGAUGCUAGCGGUGGUGCGGGUGUGGAUCUGUCACUGGCACAGCCUGGCGACAUGUUAGGAGGCGUGGACGAGGACUUAAUUUUCUAA